UAUGGAUUUUAACUUGGUUCCCGAUUUUAAAAGCAGAUACACGUACUUGCCGAGGCGCUUCGUAUUGGCAGACUGCCAGCAGGCUGUGCUUUCACAUUCCUCAGGCAUACAAGGCAAGCAAAGAGCGCGCUAAUUCCUAGGACUAACAAAUACCACUGGAAAAUCCUUUGCAAAGCGAUAAUGUCUCCAAGUUCGGGUUGGUUCACAUAACUCAAGGCCCCCCACCUUGAAUUGCGGAACAAGUAACCCACCAUUCAAUAUACAAAAUGGGCCAAUGCCUCAGUCAAAAUGGAGGAGCGGAAAUCGCAGCAAAGGGUCUUGGAGGAGGACGUGUGGACCGGUCGGACUUGCUUGCAAGCGGCGUUCAGCAACAAGUACGUUGGUCCACGAUAUCCAGAAGCGAGAAAUAUCCUAGUCUCUCCAAACACGCGUUCGCCUGCGGUAUUGGCGAAACCCUUGCAGGUCUCCCCGCUGGUCCAGUCACAAUUGGUAGCGCAGAAGGCUGCGUGUUCAUGUAAAGCUAGCGUUGUAUCGGAAGGAUUUUCCACGCAAUCUAAUUCAGCAUGCGUGACUUCUGAGAGUGCGGCAGUUCGAGAUUCUCCAGCCGGAACAUUAGACGUCGUCGCUGGUCUUAGACUGGAGGACCAGCGGCGAGCGCACAUACGCCAGGAUGUUACAGAGCCUAAUAGGGGUUCGGCGGGACGGCAAGGGUUGCACGGGAUUGCAAUCUUUGCACAGAACCAAGCCUGCGGGACAGCCUGCCAACCACAAAAGGAUGCUCCAGCACCGAGCACUGCGACAGUUGACCAGACAGCAGAUAAUGGUCUUGUUACAGUUCCCAUCGCGUGUUGCUGCGGUACCGUGGACGUGAAACCUGACGACAUCAACGUUGCAGAGGAGGCCCUAGCUGUGGCACUAUCGGGCAUGCCACACGACAUUCCGAAGUACGGCGCUCCCCGCCCUGCCAACGAGGAUACCCGCAUGGCCACAGUUCGCGCGUUGCGAAACAUGCAAAUCAACGAAUGUCCAGAGCUUAACCUGGUCCUUCAGGUGGUGUGCCGCAUCUGGUCGGCCUCAUCGGCGUGCAUCACAAUGCUGGACUCGGACCAGGUCUUCAUCUGCAGCGCGGAGGGAGGUAUGGUCCCCGCCCGGCGCCCCUGGUCCAUCGCCAUGUGCCCCUGGAUGCUGCUGUCGCGCCACCCCACUGCCAUGGCGGUGGGCGACCUCACUGCGGACGCGCGCUUCGCCCGCUCCGCGCACGUGGAGGCGGGCACGCGCUCCUACCUCACCUCGCCGCUGGUGGCAUCCAACGGACACCGCCUGGGAGCCAUCUGCCUCACAGACAACAAGCCGCGCAAGUUCGACGCGGGCGACUGCCGCAUGAUGAACAACUGCGCGGAGCUGGCCAUCCGGGCGCUGGAGGCGCACAUGGGCGUGUGCCGGCGUCUGGGCCUGUGCGGGGAGUUCGGCACCGCCGCCUCCCGCCUGCACCAGCACCAGCUGCACCCGCCAGCCGCCACCGCCAAAUCCCACCUCCGCAGUGGACCCUCCCCGCAAUCCACCUGUUCAGCGGAGGGCGGCGCCUCCCCGCCCUGUUCCCCUCCCCGACCCGCGCUGGACCGCCUGUUACCUCCCCCAGCAACAGCAGCAUCUCCCUGUGCGGGCGAUGGUGGGGAGGACAGCAGCAAGGCUGGCAGUGGCGGCGGCAAUGUCGGGAGGGCUGCGGCGGGGCAGGAGGAGGAGCAGCAGCGGCGGCGGCGCGGGUGGCGGCCACGGGCUUCCUCCUCCUCCUCCUCCGCCUCGCUGGACACAGACGACGGAGCGCUCAUGGAGGAGUACUGCAACCGCGUCCGCGACCUGACGGAGGCGGACGAGGCGGUGGUGCUGCUGCUGGACACGCGCAGUCCCGGCUGGGCCAUCCUCUACGUGUCGCCCGCCUGGGAGGCCUUCACGGGCAUCAGCCGGGAGCAGGCCAUGGGCGCCACGCUCAACGAGGUCAUGGCGCACGUCAGCGGUGACCCACGGGUCGUGUGGGAGGGCGUGGAGCGAGAGGCGGCGGCGGGGAAGGCAUUCGUCACGCCCAGGGUGUACAUCAAGGCCUCCCCCGCCGUGACCUUCUACCUCUCCUUCCGCCCCGCCGCGCUGGACGACCUGGAUGACAACACCGUCACACUGGGAGUGCCGGCCAGCGUGCCGCAGGCCGCAUCCGCCACCACCUCCCGCCUCUUCUUCGCGCGCCUGCACUGCACGCCCGACCCGCCCGCCGCCUCGCGCACCCUCACCGCCGCCCCCGGCUCCGCGCUGCUCACCACGGGCCGCCGCCUUCCGCCCGCCAUCGCCAUCAACCCGGUGCAUGGGCUUACGGAGAUAUUUGCAGGGCUGACGGUGGGGCAGGUGCUGGGGCAGGGCAGCUACGGCACCGUGUACCAUGCGCGGUGGCACGGAGUGGACGUGGCGAUCAAGGUGCAGGACAUGCACAUCCGCAGCAAUGGGGAGCGGAUGAAGGCGGAGUUUGAGGUGGGUCUAGGCGAGCGGCUGCACCACCUGAACGUCGUACACACCCUAGCACACGCCUCGGCGCUGCUGGAGCGGUCAGGCAACUCAGCCAUUCUGGACACCAACGACUCCAACAACUGGAACGCGGGGCUGGCGCUGACGCCUCAAGGCUUUAUGCUCGGCACCGCAUCCAACGCCAGCGGCGGCGCCGCCGCCGGCGGCAUGCCCACAAGCUCCCUGGACGCCAGCUACGACGCAGGACCCGCCUUCAUCCCUUUCUUUGCCGGCGGUGACGCCGCCACAGCUGCCGCAGUAGCUGCCGCCGCCGCCGCCGCCGCCGGUGCUUCCGGCAGAUCCACCCCCCACAACGAGUUCAUGCCCCCCAUGUCCUACUGCAGAGCUGCAGGCUCUUCCGCCGGCGGUGCCACCGGCGGUAUGGUGCGUGUGGCGCUGCCGUCGGGCGCGCAUGUGCCCAUGCUGCUGCAGCAGCGUACCGGCGGCACCGGCGUGGGACUGCUAGGCAGUAGCACGCAGUCGCGGAUGGCGGCGCCGUCGCUGCUGCCGCCUCUGGCAGCGCUGCUGGCGGCACGCGGCUCCUCCGCCUCGCUGCACAGCGGCUACGCAGCCGGCAGUACUCCCAACCUGGCGGCCACGCCGACGGCGUUGUCGAUGACGAACCAGCGCAUGUUGUUCACGCCGACACGAACGGCCUCGGGCAGCGCCGGUGCGGCUGCUGCUGCUGCUCCGGGGUCAUCACGGCAGCCCUCGCAGGGUGUGGUGGCGGGACAGUCCUCAUCCGUCGCCAAUCCACCUGCAACGGCCAGCAGCAACGCCGAGGUGAGGGCCGCCCAUGUUGGCGAAGGCAACGACUGUGGCGGAGGCAAUAAAGGUAACUACGGCUUCGCGCUGUCGCCGUUUUGCACAACCGUGGACCCCGGGCACCAGGAGGAGGACAUGCGGACGUCCGCCGGACAUGCGGACGUCCGCCGGACAUGCGCUGCCGUACACGCCCGGGCUGUGGGCAGCGCUCACGUCGCCGUCUCCUCCGGGCAGCAUCUGUCGACGGUGCCGGCGCGCGGGGUAAUCUCUGAUGUGUUGAACUGCGGCGGAGUCGGCGGCGCUAGGAGCAGCGGCGCCAGCGGAAUUGCUGGCGGUGUUUCGGCGCUGGAAGGCGGAUUCGGCUCGUCCGUGCACCUCGCUACAGUGCUGAGCUGCGGCGCGAGCGCUGUGCACAGCCAGGCCGCAAGCAGCCUAGCAGGGGGCACUGCCAGCGGAAUCACUGCGGCGGACCCUGCCGGCGUACUGCAGCGUGAUGAAGGUGUGACCGGGGAAGCAGCAGCGGCGGAUGCGGAGGUGGAGGUCGGGGCGGUGCAGUUGGAUGUACUGCUGGAGGGCGAAGAAGCAGCAUCACCAGCCGACGCCAAUGAAGCGAUCGAGUCGACCGCAGCGGUGACGACUGAGACUGCUGCUGCUUUUGCCGGCGGCGCCGGUGGCGGCGGCGCCUUCGCAGUCAUGAAGGUGCCUGCGCCGGCGCCCGGCUCCUCCAUGGAGGGGCUGCAGGGCCCUAUUGAGGCGGACCUGUCCGGCGUGUCGUACCCGCUGGAUGUACGGCUGUGGAUGUUGCUGGAGUUCAUGGACAAGGGCAACCUGCAGGACGCCAUCGACCGCGGCUGGCUGCGCGAGGGCCGCGCCGCCGACAACGGCCCCGACUACUGCGCCGUGCUGGCCACUGCGGGGGAGGUGGCGGGGGCGCUGGCCUACCUGCAUGCGCAUGACGUGGUUCAUGGGGACCUCUCGGCGGUCAACGUGCUGCUGCAGUCGGUGCGGUCGCAUGCGGAUGGAGUCCGCCGCGAGGACGAGGCGGUGGACACCGCGGGGCGCGGCUUCAUCGCAAAGAUCAGCGAUUUUGGGCUGUCGAUGCAGCUGACCAGUUCUGACCAGGCGAUCAAGACCGGCUCGUACGGCACCAUCACCCACAUGGCGCCAGAGGUGUUACGCGAGUCGGCCCUCUCCAAACCCGGAGAUGUGUACUCGGUGGGGGUGCUGCUGUGGCAGAUGGUGACAUGCAGCCGGCCCUGGGCGGGGCUGUCACACCUGCAGGUGUCAGUGGAGGUGGGUCAGAAGCAGCGCUGCCUGCAGUGGCCGGGCUGGGUGCACGGGGGGGUGCGGGCGCUGGGGCAGCGCUGCAUGUCGCCUCGCCCGCGCGAGCGUCCCACCGCGGCGCAGCUGCAGGCGGAGCUGGCGGGGCUGAUGCGGCAGGUGCCGCAGUACGGGUGAGGAAGAAGGGGUUGACGAGGACGUGGUAGACGAAGAAGAUGUGGAGAAAGGUGUGUUGGAUGAGUGUGGAUUUGCGCGUAGCCUCUUCUGCACAAGGGGGAAUGCGGCAAUGCACGAAGUUACGAAGUUAUAUGCGAGAGGUCUCCACUAUUAGGUUUAGAAAAUAUUACACGUAUGUGCAUGGAAGUUUUAGUAAAAAAGCUAUGCAUGUGGGGCUUUCUUUCCUGGCGCGCACGGGCGGUAGUGUUCAAUGGACUAUGAUGUCCGCGACCGAGGUUAUUAACGUUGUACGGCGCCGGUGCAAAAGCGUGCGAGUAUUGAUCACACAAGCUCCUCCGUGGUCCGAUUGUUGUGUUGUUUAGCGUCGCAAUCCCUUACAUAGUUACAUUGCUUACCUUCCAAAGAUGUGGGAUCUGCGUGAUGAUGCUAGUGAGCCAUGAUUCGAAGCCUGCGGGCCGUCGUAAUCGAACCCUCCAAGCGUGAGCCGAAAGGCAGCUGUUGCCUUUUGUGGAGUUGAGGCCUUUGCCUUUUGAGUCAAAAGAAGAAAGAUCCCGUGCAAGUUUACGCGAGCUCUGCUGGGUCUUAAGCCAUGUGUUAAGUGGGCGCAUGUAUGGUUUGCGUGUGAGGCACAUUGCCUUUGUUGUUCUCAAGCAAACAUGCGCGGGAGCCUGUGUGUUUGCGUAUGCGCACCAGCUCAACAGCGCCAAUGUGUGUUGCUUUUUAUGCCCUCGAUGUCGCCCAGUGGAGAGCGCCCAGUGCGCUUCACUGACGCAUUGUUCGUAUACGCAUGGGACGGCUGGAUCGGUUGCAUGGGCAUUGUACACGUGCGUGCUGUGGCACGUAGUUGGGCUGGAAGGCAAGCAAUGUGGACGCCCCUUGGCUGAGCUGCGCCGUUCGGCCCGUUCCUGAUGCCGGUAGUCAUUUUUACUAUCGUGCAUGGUCGUGGUGCAUGAUCUUGUAGCGGUCUGGUAGUAUGAAGCUCGUAUGGAUUGUAAAGUUGGCGGGGACCUGUGCCAGCAGCUUCGUGAUGGGUAGGGGGUGAAAUCCUCAAGGGGUGUUUGGGGGCAUGGAAAAGCGGACGCCACAGCUGCAAUACGGGAUGCUGUUGCGCGCCACAGCUGUGACUGUGGUUCGGGCUUUGUGAGCAGGGCGACCUGGUUCGUGCUUGCGUCUGUGGGUGAGGGGUCAACGCGCCAAGGCAAUAGCCUCAGUUCUCUCCAAAUUGGAGGGCUGCGGCUACUUUAACAGGACUUGCCCGACGCGCGUUGUGCUGCGUACUCUUUUCCCAUGCUGCAUUGCCUAGACGUGCGGCUGCAUGCAUGCAAUCACAUGAGGUUGAGGUUUUGCGGCCAGUGACUGAGGUUGCAGGUCUGUUGUAGUACUUGUAAACUUCCAUUUG